GCUUUGUUAUUUUGAGGAAAUAAAACUCUGCGGUUGCUGAGCUGGCAAAUUUCAUUUUCAUUUGGAGUUCUUUCCAGUGCUGAAAACACGCAUCUCGUGACCUGUAUGGCAACUGACCUUCAUUGGGUGCAAUGACAGAAACGUGCCAAGACAUUCUGCUGACGAUCUUGGAGGACCUGGUAGAGGGACAGAGAAAGAAGUUUAAAUUGAAACUCAAUGACAUUGAACUGAGGAAGGGCUAUGCAAACAUUCCCAAGGGACAUCUGGAGAAAGCUGAUGUAACGGACAUGGUUGAUCUGCUGAUUAGAUACUACCAACAGGCGUAUGCUGUGGAGGUGGUGAUAAAUGUGCUGGAUCAAAUCAAUGCUAAGGAUCUGGCUGAAAGGUUGAGAAGAAAGUCAGCUGAAGUAUGGAAAACCAGACCUGUUUCUGUAAAGCCCCCUGACAUCGACCACAGAGCGAACUAUGUGGCCUCUGUGAAGGAAAAAUUUAGAAGAGUGAAGGAUUAUAAUUCCAGGCCAGGAGAAUGGGUGUCUUUGGAAGACCGCUACACAAAGCUCUUUAUAGUAAAAAAACACCAUCAAGCAGAAGAUAAAGAACAUGAGCUACUGUCUAGAGGAAAAAGACACAUGGAUAUCAUGAGGAAGCCGAGCAGCUUUGCGGACUCCCAUGUUAAUGUGGAACAUCUUUUUGACACAUUAUCAGAUGGCACAAUAACCAGAAAAGUGAUUUUACAAGGAAUAGCAGGGAUUGGAAAGACCGCUACAGUUGGCAAAAUUAUGUACGAUUGGUCAUCUGGGAGGCUUUACCAGGGCAGAUUUGAUUAUGUUUUUCAUUGGAGCUGCAGGGAGCUAAACCAAAGAACAGAAAAACUGAGCCUACCUCAAUUAAUUUUACAAAACUGGGGACAUCCAAAGCCAGAGAUCGGGGAAAUUUUGUCUUGCCCAGAAAAAGUCUUGUUCAUCAUCGACGGCUUUGAUGAACUCAGGUUUCCUGAGGAUUAUGAUAGAAGUAAAAGCUUAUCCUGUGAUUUGGACACGCCUCACUCAACGGCAGCAGCUGUGGUGGAAAGUCUCCUCAGCAGCCAGAGCAUUUCAGAAGCAUGCCUUCUUGUCACAACGAGACCCUUAGCCGUAGGGAUGUUGGAGACCCAUAUGCAAGCCGACCUCUGGGCAGAGAUUGUGGGCUUCUUGGAGGAAGACAGAAAGGAGUUUUUCAAGAAGUUCUUCAAAGACGAAGAGAGAGCAGCCUUUGCCUACAGUUAUAUCCAAGAAAAUGAUGUAGUGUUCACCAUGUGUUUCGUCCCCCUCAUCUGCUGGAUCGUCUGUACAACCCUGAGCCUUCAAUUGAGGUAUAGCGAAGAGCUCAAUCAGAAGGUGAGCACAACCACCGAAAUAUUUACCUAUUUUGUGGCCACUUUAUUGCAGUCCCAUGGUCGCGCACAGACAUCCACACAAGAUCUUUUUCACAACCUUGGAUCAUUGGCCUAUGGCGGUGUGAAGGACCAGAAAGUGCUGUUUGAUGAGAGUAUGCUGAGAAAGUGUAACUUGGAGGUGUCAAAGGGUCCAUCAACUUUCCUCACGGAAUUGCUGCAGGCAGACAUUUUUGUGGAAACUAUCUAUAGCUUUGUGCAUUUGACUGUACAGGAGCUGUUUGCCGCCUUGUUCACCUUCUGGAACAAGGAGAAAGCUUCUGAGCUCUUGAAAGAAGCCUUUGUGGAGAAUAAAAGCCAUUUGAUCUUAACUGUUCGCUUUCUGUUUGGAUUGAACAACGACAAGUCACUAAAGCCUUUGAAAAGGUACUAUGAAACCGACAUGGGCAUCUCAAAGGAUGAGCUGCUGAAAUGGACUAAGAAGGCGCUUCUUAUUUGCCAGGAACAGGGCGAGGAGAGCCAUCUCCUCCUGGAGCUGUUGCAUUGUUUGUUUGAGAUUCAGGAUGAGGAGUUUGUCAUAAGUGCUUUGGAGGAGAUCAAGGAAGUGGUCUUCCUGGAGAACAGUCUAGGGCAGGAUGACCAACAGGUGAUCCUGUACAGUCUGCAGCAUGCCAAGGAAUUCAGUCAGCUGAAAUUGGCCAGUCUGAAAGAGAGAGACAUGAUCAAACUGGUUCCGUUGCUAGGGAAAUGCAAACAGAUCCAUUUUAAUGCCUCUGGAAUCUCAUUGUCUACGGUACUCAAGGUGUGUGCUCACCUUUUACGAAAGCUUAGAAUGACCAGACUGCAUGUGGAGCACAAAGCAGAAGAUGAAAUGUAUUUUACAGUGGAAGCGAGCUGUGAAAGGGACCCUUGCAGAAUAACUUUAGAUAGCCUUCCUGAAGACACUGCCAUUGCGAUUUGUGACCACAUUAUUCCAGCUCAUCCUGGCAUUGUCACCCUUGAUGUGAACGGGAUUCAGGGAAGCAAGAAAUUUGUAAAUAGCCUGAAGAACAGUCUUCUGGACUCGGACUGCAGACUGGAAUCAGUGGGCUUCAACAUUGAGAACCCCAGAUUCCAGGCUUUCCAGGACAUCUGCCAACAUCUUGCUACUCGCCGUAGCCCAAGCAAAUUCCUCUUAUUCCGAAUGUAUGAGGAGGAUGAAAUACACUUUGGAUAUGAGGCAAAGGAUGAGGAGAAGAGUGGCAACAGACUCCAAAAAAAAAAGAAGAAUGAAAAGAGAAAAGGAAAGAAUGAGGCACAGAAAAAGUGUUUUCCCUGGCCAUGUUUAAUAAGGAAAACGGGAGAGAAAAAGGAAAAGAAAAAGGACUGCAUUGCUGUCCUCUCCUGUCUCCCUGAAGAGUAUUUUCUUGAGCUCAUCAAGUGGGUCACCUCCACGUUCACUCCGCUAGCCCUGUGCCUGGAUGAAAAUUCCAUCAAUGAUGAGCUGAUGAAAACAAUAUGCGAAAAUCUGAACAGUACUGAUUAUCAGCUUCAGUCACUGAGCCUUCGCUCUUGCAGCAUAACCCAGGAGAGCAUGGCUAAUAUCUGCUCGCUAUUCCUCUGCAACACGGCAGUCUCCUUGGACCUGCAGAGCAACCCCGUGGGGGAUGAAGGAGUUAAAAUACUUGCAGCGUGCCUGAAGAGUAAAGGUUGCUGCCUAGAAAAACUGAGCUUAUCAAGUGCUGACCUCACAGAAGACUGUGUCCCUGCCAUCACCUCUCUGUUUUCCCAGAAGAACACCCUGAUUUGGCUUGACCUGAGCUUUAAUAACCUCGGAGAUGGUGGAGUGAAAGCCUUGUGCUCUGCCCUGAAAGAUAAGGAGAGCCAUCUUGAGAAGCUAAUCCUUGAAGACAGUGGCAUCACUAACAACUGUGAGCAGGAGCUCAUCCAACUCAUUGAAAACACCCUGUCUCUGAAAUACCUGUGCUUGGAUGGUAAUAAGUUUACAUCCACCUCCAGAGCCCGCAUCUAUGGUGUAUGGGACAAUUAUCAUGAUGAUGAGGAGGAGGUGGAGGAAGACUGACUGAGAGUCGCAGGCGCUGCACUCAAUUCUCCCUUCUCGGCUGUGAAGGUAGGUGCAGAUCUCGGGGAACUUCAGUAUGUUACACAAACAAGGUGCUAAGGAAAGGUACCAGAAUGAAACCACUGGGAUUUUUACAGUAAAUUCUUUACACACUGAACAAAGUGCAACACAGGAUGCAGCCGUGCAACCAUUUCCUAUACUGCUCUGCCCAUGAGCCUCAACCCUGGC